UCCUCUCCAAAAAGGGUGGUGCCGAUUUGUACAAAUAGUGAGAAUAAAAAGGAGGAAGGUGCAAUAACAACAAAGAGGGGAAGAAGCUCUUCACAAACAAUGGAUCACAUAAUGGCAGAGAGAAAGAGGAGACAAGAACUCACUGAGAGGUUCAUAGCACUCUCUGCUACCAUCCCUGGCUUGACCAAGACAGACAAGGCAUCAAUACUUAGAGCAGCCAUAGAUUAUGUGAAGCAACUUCAAGAGCGGGUGCAAGAAUUAGAAAAGCAAAACAAGAAGAGGAGCAGAGAGUCAGUGAUAUUGGUGAAAAAAUCGAAGAACAUUAAUAAUGAAAAAAUAUUAUUAGAAGAAAGUACAAUAAUAUCAACAAGUGAAACAAGAAGAAGUGAAGAUGGUGGAACAGGCCUCCCUGAUAUUGAAGCAAGAUUUAUGGGGAAAGAUGUUCUGAUUGAGAUUCAUUGUGAGAAGGAAAAUGGCAUUGAGAUGAAAAUACUUAAUCAGCUUGAAAAUCUUCAUCUUUUUGUCACUGGAAGUAGUGUUCUUCCUUUUGGCAAUUCUGCUCUUGGGAUCACUAUUAUUGCUAAGAUGGGAGAUUCGUGUGAAAUGACAGUGAAUGAUGUGGUCAGAAAUCUUAGGGAAGUGUUCUUGAAGGCACAUCAAAAUUCACAUGGCAUUUAAAAAGUGAUCCGUACUAGUGUAUCAGACAACUCUGCAGCAUGUUAUGGUCGAACAGAAGUUUUGAUUUCGUUGCUUUUUUGAGUUCAAGCACUUUCCAUGUUCAUAACAUCUAUCUAUAAAUAAAUAAAAGUAAAGUACACUUUGUAAUAAAUUAUGCUGUGGUUUGAUUCUUGUUAUUCAUUUAAUUGAUAUUUGACUGUUUGUCUUCA